AUGCUGUUCUGCAACCUACGGACAGCAAAUGACUCCAUAUCACAGGAUGAACGAGGCAAUGGGAGCUCCCAAGGGGAGUUCAUCCUACUGAGCCUUUCUAACGACCCAUACCUGGAGAAGCUGUUUUUUGUGGUCUUCCUAAUCUCCUAUGUCCUGACAUUGUUCUGGAACCUGGCCAUCAUUGUGGUGUCGCAGCUGGACCCGUGUCUCCACACACCCAUGUACUUCUUCCUCAGCAACCUCUCUCUCCUGGACCUGUGCUACACCACCGCCACGGUGCCUCAGAUGCUGGUGAAUUUACAAAGUUCCCAUAAGACCAUCUCCUGGGCUGGCUGCAUGGCCCAGCUCUUCAUUUUCCUUGGCCUGGGGUCCACUGAGUGUGUCCUGCUGGCAGUCAUGGCCUAUGACCGCUAUGCUGCCGUCUGCCACCCCUUGCGCUACACGGCCAUCAUGAGCCGCAGCCUCUGCUGGAUGAUGGCAACUGCAUCCUGGUUUAGCGGAAUGACUGUCUCCAUUGUGCAAACGUGCUUGACCCUGCGACUACCCUUGUGUGGGCACAAUCGUAUCAAUGACUUCUUCUGUGAAGUGCCAGCCCUGCUCAGCCUGGCCUGUGCCGAUACCUCCACUAAUGUGGCUGGGCUCCUUGUCGGCUCUGCGGUCUUCUUGCCAGUUCCUCUGGGCCUCAUCCUGGUCUCCUACAGCUACAUUGGUGCUGCAGUACUGAGGAUCCGCUCAGCUGAGGGCAGGCGCAAGGCUUUCAACACCUGCACCUCCCACUUAGUUGUAGUGUCAAUCUUCUUUGGCACAGCCAUCUACGUCUACAUGCAGCACCCCUCUCAGCACCCACAGCACCAGGGCAAGAUAGUUUCCCUCUUCUAUGGCAUCAUCACUCCAAUGGUGAACCCCCUGAUCUAUACCCUGAGGAACAAGGAUGUGCACAGGGCCCUUAGGAAAGCCUUAAGAAAGCAGUGCUGGAUGCAGAGGACAUAA